AUGAAUAAUAUGGAUAUAUCAGAAUGUGUUAAGGAAUGGGAAGAUUUGAUUGUCGACUACAAACGAUUAGAGGCUAUUAAUAAGGACUAUGCCACAAAACUGGAAGAAGUUGGUGAACUGCAAGCAUCAUGCUUGAAGGAGUUAAACCAUCAAAGAUAUCGAAUGUCUAUCAUGACAAAUGCACUUAAAAGAAUGGAGAAAAAAGCUACUAAAGAUGAACGAGUAGCUAACUUGGAAAAAGAAAUUAUGAAAAGGAAAGCCAUGUUACAUGAGAUUGAGGCAACUCUUCCUAAACAGAACAGUCUAUAUCUCAAAGUGAUACUUGGCAAUGUCAAUGUGUCUAUUCUUAAUAAAAAUGAUAAAUUCAAAUACAAAGAUGAAUAUGAAAAAUUUAAGUUGAUCCUGAGUGCCAUUGCUUUUGUUUUAGCUAUUGCUAAUUUGUAUAUUGAUUUCAGGCCCUUACAACUGAUUCUUAUAUUCCUUCUGGUUUGGUACUACUGCACUUUGACAAUACGCGAGAGUAUACUUAAAGUGAAUGGCUCCCGGAUUAAAGGCUGGUGGAGGUUGCACCACUUCGUAUCAACUGUUGUCGCUGGCAUUCUCCUCAUUUGGCCCCAAAAUGAGUCAUGGGAAGAAUUCAAGCAUACAUUUAUGUGGUUUAUUGCGUAUAUUAGUGUCGUACAGUACAUGCAAUUUAGAUACCAAAGUGGAGUUUUGUAUCGGCUCAAAGCAUUAGGUGCAAGACAUAACAUGGAUAUAACAAUUGAAGGCUUUCAUUCCUGGAUGUGGCGUGGUUUAUCCUAUCUCCUACCAUUCCUCUUUGGAGGCUAUAUAUUCCAAUUAUACAUUGCAUAUACGCUGUAUCACUUGAGUUAUAACCCGGAUGCGACAUGGCAGGUAGCCGCGUUAAGUAUGUCCUUCCUGUUACUCGGCAUUGGAAACACCGUCACCACAUUCCUCGUGAUACCACAGAAGCUCAACGAACAGGUACAGGAUUGA